GACUGGAGAGGCGUGGUGCAUAAUCUGACUGACAUGAAUCAUGAUGCAACUCCCUUUGCAAACUUUAGACCGGUAGUUCCUGAUCUUAAAAACAGGAGGUAAUCUGCAGUAGGCGGACAUACUGACAUCAUUUCACAUAUUUGUGGUGGCGAGACUUUAUCAAAAAAGGAACUGUUUCGAACAAUAACACCACAAAUAUGACUUCGGAUCUGCCAGUUCUCCUCGCAGCAGUGUCAAUACUGUCUGCUCUCCACAUGGCAUUUCAGGCAAGACGUGUGGGGUGGUCGAGGAUGAAGCAUAAAAUUAUGCCACCCAUUGUUACUGGACCACCUGAGUUUGAAAGGACAUUUCGUGCACACCAGAAUAGUGUAGAGUUUUAUUCCGUUUUCUUGGUGGUAUUGUGGAUCUCUGGCAUCUUUUUCAAUGAAGUGCUUGCUGCUCUUGGAGGAAUUUUGUAUAUUGUGGGCAGAGAGAUGUACUUUACUGGCUAUAUCAGUGAAUCCAAAAAAAGGUUGCCAGGGUUUUUCAUGGUGUUGUUUGUCCUGUUAUUCCUAUGUGUGACGGCUACCGUUGGAAUCAUUCAAUCAUUUUUGGACAAAUAUCUCAACACCAGACUUCUCUAAAGAAUUGAAUUCUGGAGUUUGGAAGUUUAUAAACAGAAAACAGUUUGCAUCAAUUUAUCAAACAAAAUGCAUGUAAAAUGUGUGUUAUGUUUCAGGUAUACUUGAUUUUUUGUGUCAGUUGUCCUUCUAAGAUUUACAUUACAGUAUUAAUUUAGAGGAUCUAAUAAUAAUAAUAAUAAACUUUAUUUUAAAUAGCGCCUUUAAAAGCUGCAUCUCAAAGUGCUGCACAGAAACAUAUAGAUAGAGCGACACAAGACAAUAAUCAGAACAAUAAUCCAAUGACAAGACCAGAAACACUAGGAAGGGGAAACAGAAAGUUAGACAAGAUUAGAAAUCUAAGAAAACAAUAAACUUCAUUGAUUUUAUUGAAAUGAGUGUUGUUGCUUGUACAAUUUACUUAAUUAAAAUAAGUUGAAAACAA